AUGCCGAUCGACACAUCCUCUCAAGACAAAGGCGUCACAGGCGCAGCCAAAUUCGUCACCUCCACAUUUGGAAACACAGUCGGUGGAGUUACCCGCACGCUGGGUGGAGUGACUGGCACUGCAGGCCGCGGUAUUGGGGAUACCAUCACCAGCGCGACAGGAAGUACUGGCGAGCCCGUUGGGAAUAUGCUUGGCAGUGCGACUACUGGGCUUGAGGAUGGUGCCAAGCAGGUUGCUAAGGGGGUUGAAGAUGCUGGGAAAUGGAAAUAA